AUUUAAUAAUACAAAAUUAAGCACUUUCAUUUUCACACAUUCCAUUUCUUUCUCCGGAGAUCUCUAGAAACCAUAGAACUGCAAAAUCAAACACUUCCAUUUUCAUCUUUCACCAAUCAAACUUACUCCACAUUUCUCUUUCUCCUUAAUCAAAUUCUCAAACUCACCGAAAAAACAAAACUUCAUCAAACUCUCCUUUCUUCUUUAAUCGAUCUCUCUCACAACAAAACCACCCUUGGAAGAUCUGAAGAGCCGAUGCCGGAGAUGCGACGGGAUAUCGAAGGGACGGCGAUAGAGAUGAAUACAGAUCUGAAUCUAUCUUCUCUUUCUCCAUUUUUAUAGAUCUCCAUUUUUUUUAGCGCAAGCAUUUAACCCGGCGGUUUUUGAAAACCGCCGGUUCGCCGGUUUUCCCGGUUUUCCCGGUUUUAUCCGGUUUUGACUGGUUCAAUAGCAUGUCCGAUCCAACUACUGAACCAGACCGGUUGACCUCCGGUUCCCGGUCCAACCGGUUCGACCGGCCGGUCCGGUCCGGUUUUAAAAACACUGCUUGGAAUAAUGCUGACACAAUCUUAAAAGACUUGAUUUGAAUCCUUAAUUCUUAAUCUUGGGUACCACGUUACAUUCUAGUACUAUAAAUAAACCCUCUAACCCUUCUUUUCAAAACCCUACUGCUUUUCUCUCUGCUCUCAUUCUCUUCUGAGUUGUUGCGCACUCCCUUCACAAGAUCUUUUUGUGUUUUUAAGCUUUUAAGGACAAAUGGGUAAGGAAAAGGUUCACAUUAACAUUGUUGUCAUUGGCCAUGUCGACUCUGGGAAGUCAACUACCACCGGUCACUUGAUCUACAAGCUUGGAGGUAUUGACAAGCGUGUGAUUGAGAGGUUUGAGAAAGAAGCUGCUGAGAUGAACAAGCGUUCAUUCAAGUAUGCUUGGGUUCUUGACAAGCUUAAGGCUGAGCGUGAAAGAGGUAUCACAAUCGACAUUGCUCUCUGGAAGUUUGAGACAACUAAGUACUACUGCACUGUCAUUGAUGCCCCCGGACACAGGGAUUUCAUUAAGAACAUGAUUACUGGAACAUCCCAAGCUGAUUGUGCUGUUCUCAUCAUUGAUUCCACUACUGGUGGUUUUGAAGCUGGUAUUUCUAAAGACGGACAGACCCGUGAACAUGCUCUCCUUGCUUUCACUCUUGGUGUCAAGCAAAUGAUCUGCUGCUGCAACAAGAUGGAUGCCACUACACCCAAGUACUCUAAGGGUAGGUAUGAUGAAAUUGUGAAGGAAGUUUCAUCCUAUUUGAAGAAGGUUGGCUAUAACCCAGACAAAAUUCCAUUUGUUCCCAUCUCUGGUUUUGAGGGAGACAACAUGAUUGAGCGCUCAACCAAUCUUGACUGGUACAAGGGUCCAACCCUUCUUGAGGCUCUUGACCAAAUCAACGAGCCUAAGAGGCCAUCAGACAAGCCCCUCCGAUUACCACUUCAGGAUGUCUACAAGAUUGGAGGAAUUGGAACUGUGCCUGUGGGACGUGUCGAGACUGGUUUCUUGAAACCUGGAAUGGUGGUGACUUUUGCACCAACUGGACUGACUACUGAAGUCAAGUCCGUGGAGAUGCACCAUGAAGCUCUCCAAGAGGCCCUUCCCGGUGACAAUGUGGGAUUCAAUGUUAAGAAUGUUGCUGUUAAGGAUCUCAAGCGUGGUUAUGUUGCCUCAAACUCCAAGGAUAACCCAGCUAAGGAGGCUGCUAACUUCACCUCUCAAGUGAUUAUCAUGAAUCACCCUGGCCAGAUUGGAAAUGGUUAUGCCCCUGUUCUUGACUGCCACACCUCCCACAUUGCUGUCAAGUUUGCUGAGCUUGUUACCAAGAUCGAUAGGCGUUCUGGUAAGGAAAUUGAGAAGGAGCCCAAAUUCUUGAAGAAUGGUGAUGCUGGUAUCAUUAAGAUGGUUCCCACCAAGCCCAUGGUUGCUGAGACUUUCUCUGAAUAUCCUCCACUCGGCCGUUUUGCUGUCAGAGACAUGCGUCAAACUGUGGCUGUUGGAGUCAUCAAGGCUGUGGAGAAGAAGGAACCCAGCGGAGGACCUAAGCCCAAGAAGAAGUGAAUCGUGAAGGAUAAUCUAUCCAGGGAAGUCUAUUGUCGCGAUUAUAGUAAAUGGCUUACUCAUCCUAUUAGUACUUAUAUUUUUCAUUCAGUCAACUUGUUUUUCGGAUUAAGUGUGAAAUCUUCUCCGUCAUCUCGCAACUUUUGUUCACAGAACUGGGUUCUUGAUCGACGGUGGUAGGGAUAUUUGUUUUUCAUGUUUAUGCUUUAAUUUUUCAUUCUGUUAGAACCACUAUAUUUUGUAAGCAGUUAGACUGCUGCUGAUUUGGUUUAUUAAUAUCGACUCUGUUUGUGUUA